GGCCCGGGCCCGACCCGGCCCGUGAGCACUGCUUGCUGUCCGCGCGCUCCGCACCCGCGGCGUCCACCGUCCGCGGCCCCUCGCCCGCCGGCCGGGGGCUUGCCGGCAGCGGGAGCGGCCUCAAAAUGGACGAAGACGGUGGCGGCGGCGAGGGCGGUGGCGUGCCUGAAGACCUUUCAUUAGAAGAAAGGGAAGAACUUUUAGAUAUUCGUCGGAGGAAAAAGGAACUGAUUGAUGACAUUGAGAGGCUGAAAUACGAAAUUGCUGAAGUGAUGACAGAGAUUGACAAUCUGACUUCAGUGGAGGAGAGCAAAACGACUCAGAGGAACAAGCAGAUAGCGAUGGGAAGAAAGAAGUUCAACAUGGAUCCCAAAAAGGGAAUUCAGUUUCUAAUAGAAAAUGACCUGCUGCAGAGUUCCCCAGAAGAUGUAGCCCAGUUCCUGUACAAAGGAGAAGGCCUAAAUAAGACGGUCAUCGGGGACUACCUGGGGGAGAGGGAUGAAUUUAACAUUAAAGUUCUUCAGGCUUUUGUUGAACUCCAUGAGUUUGCUGAUCUCAACCUCGUACAAGCCUUGCGGCAGUUCUUGUGGAGCUUUCGGCUCCCGGGGGAGGCCCAGAAGAUCGACCGCAUGAUGGAGGCCUUUGCGUCCCGCUACUGCCUGUGCAACCCCGGCGUCUUCCAGUCCACGGAUACCUGCUACGUGCUGUCCUUCGCCAUCAUCAUGCUCAACACCAGCCUCCACAACCACAACGUGCGGGACAAGCCCACGGCCGAGCGGUUCGUCACCAUGAACCGGGGCAUCAACGAGGGCGGGGACCUCCCCGAGGAGCUGCUGAGGAACCUGUACGAAAGCAUCAAGAACGAGCCUUUUAAGAUCCCGGAGGACGACGGCAACGACCUCACACACACGUUCUUCAACCCCGACCGGGAGGGCUGGCUCUUGAAGCUGGGAGGGCGUGUGAAGACCUGGAAGCGGCGGUGGUUCAUCCUGACUGACAACUGCCUCUACUACUUUGAAUACACGACAGACAAGGAGCCCAGAGGGAUCAUCCCGUUGGAGAACCUCAGCAUCAGGGAGGUGGAGGACCCGCGGAAGCCCAACUGCUUUGAGCUGUAUAAUCCAAGCCACAAGGGACAGGUCAUCAAAGCCUGUAAAACCGAGGCCGACGGCCGGGUGGUGGAGGGGAACCACGUGGUGUACCGGAUCUCUGCCCCGAGCCCUGAGGAGAAGGAGGAGUGGAUGAAAUCCAUCAGAGCAAGCAUCAGUCGGGACCCUUUCUAUGACAUGUUGGCAACAAGGAAGAGGAGGAUUGCCAAUAAGAAAUAGAGCCUUCCUGGCCCAAACAGGUAAAAGUAAAGACCAAAACUCCCCAGCAAAAAGUGACUGGACAAGUUGUCCCCAUUGGACUCAGAUGGCCUUUUCCAAGGCAGGAACUGUGCACAGCACCCUCAUAAGAAGCUGGAGGCUCCACACCGAGUCCCUGAUCCUUCGCGGGCGGUGCCCGGAAUAUGUUCGGCUGGUGAGCGUUCAGAGACUCCCCUUCCUUCCGACCUGCCGCCUGCAUCACCACAGAGGCCCAGAACAUGUCCUUCCCGAAACUUCUUCAGCCGCAGCACCAGUAGUUCAGCCACGAAAACCCAUGCAGCAGACACGGGGCGGUAUCCAGACGGGAACUGGCUCAUGCCACGAGAGCUUACUAAUGGCAGGGUAUCCAUUCUAGAAGCUGCUGUUCUAUAUCAGAGCAGGAAAGGAAGAGCUACCACUUUUUUAUUCAGAAUUUUUUUUCUCAGAUAUAUAUGAUUAUAGCUUUUAUAUGCCUUUUUAUAUUCUAAAAUUAUAAUGAAAGAUACUUUCUAACAGUAGUAUUUUUAGAAUGGCAGCUAUCAGUUUAGUUCCUGGACACAAGUAUAUACUGUGCACUGAAACACUACAUACAGACACGCGCACACUCAAGGGUGGGCAGUGGAGAGGACCCUUGGGUCGCCUCACCCCCCGGGGCUGCCUGAAACAGGCUGCCCUCGUCUCCCAAGGAUGACGACGAGUACUGGGCAGGGACAAGCACCCGUUUCCCUCGGCCCUCUCUCCAGCGCAGAGCUUGUGGUCCCAUAGAUACUUCCUAGAAGGCAAACCACAGUGUCAGUGACAGUCGGGCCUUUAUCCUGUUAACUGCUGCGUCCCGGCACUAUGGAGCCACGUGAAACUGCUGAUCAUGGACUCUUGGGCCCUCCUCCCAGGAAGCAGUUUCAUCCCAUUCAGCCAAACAGGUGGCUCAGACUGGACUGUGAACAUGGUCUUCACAGUUGAAAACAUGAAGACUCAUUUACUGAGCUGGUAAGACCAGACUUGUUCACGUGCUGUGUAGACAUGUAAGUAACUAGACCCCUCUCACUGGGAUGCGUGGCACUUCAGUUUCUUGUAAAUAGUGCAAGACCCCAAAGGACUCUGGUGGUGGGACUUGUGAAGAUGCACGACCAGCAAGUCAUCGGGUUGCCCGUGACUUCCCCACAGAGGUCCGUGCUGUUGCAGAAGGGGCUCCUGCGCUUCAGAGCUGGGUGGAGGGUGCAGGUGCAAGUCCAAGGGCUGGCCAGGGAUGGGCAGCCUCUGGUUCUCCAGGGCCGGCGCCUUUCUUCUCAUUGGAGCUUUAGUCCCACCACCACGACACCGCAUUCAAUACUUUGGGCUCCUGUGCCCAUGGGGGCUAUUCUGGUGGCGGGCUCUUCCCCAUAGAACCUCCUCCCCCUGCCCCAUCUGCAUGACACCCUACACUGGCACCCUGUAGAGGUGCGAAUAUCCAGUGCAAAGUCAAGUUCAAGACAGAAAACUUCAGGGGGGACACACUGUAGAUUUAAAUAGCAGAAGUGAGUCUUGCUGAGUGGCCUUGAUGCUGAGGACCCUUUGCCUCUGUGCAGCUGACCUUGAUGUAGCUUUAAGUCACUAGACUGCAAAGGGGUCUGAGCCCGUGACUCCAAAAUGCAUCAGAUUUUUGGUUUGUUCCCAAGCUGUUAGGCUUUGUUACUGUACUGAUACCUCAAAAUCGAAACUUUAGCUUUUGAGCAAGGCAAGUCAGCAUUGUAGGAUGCCUGACUGGUAUAUAUGCAACUCUGGCCUCCAGUCUUCCACGGAAACACGCUGCCUGGGCCACCAGACCAAACACUGCUGAAGAUGACCCCGCAGCGCCACCCUCAGGCGGGCCCCGCAUCAGGGAUGGUCAGCGCCUCGAUGAGCAUUUCCUGGGUGGAAAGCCUUCUUUUAUCAGACCCAGGUAGGGCCCCUGGGGAUACGGGGCUUUGUCUUUUGGGUUUGGCCUCAGAUUGGGGUUAGUAGAAUGGGCCACGCAGGAAAUGUUCGCCAGCUGAGAAAUGUUUCUCUGGUUACCUGUGAACGAGCCUGCCUCGUGGCCAUUUCCCCAGAAAUGACACCGAAGGCCAUGGUGCUUAGAAUCUAUGUAACUUGCCAUCAGAGUGUUACGUGAAUUCAUCCAACUCCAGGUUUUGUUGUGACAGUAUUAACACGACAGGCACACAGCCACCGCUUCCACUCAGCCCAGGCAGGCCUGGUCCAGAGAGGGACUGGGCGGGCAGAGCUUGUGGCCUGGACUUCAACAUGCUCGUGUCUUCAUCCUUCCACCCCCAUCUACAGUCAGUGCUUGCACUAUCCGUCUCCACUCUGGCCAAAGACAAGCUUUUCUCCAGAGAUGAAGGGCAAGAGGUAGUGGGGGAGGAGGGUUGCUGGACGAGAGGUGCCAGCUUCCACAGCCCCCCAGCCUUGGUGACUUGUGAGGUUUAACUGGCCUGACCCUGGCCCCAGAGACUGUGUUCAGGGUCACAGGACAUAUCUGAGUGGUUAUUGUGGUACCAAACGGAGUCAUGAUAGGCACUAUUUAUAGAUGAGGCAGUACUUCGUGCUUCAUAUAAAGCAAUGCAUAUUUUUAAAAGUAAAACGCACAUGUCUACAUAGGUAUGCUUUGCUGAGGCCAAGUCUGUUGUAGACCAGAAACUACACGUCAUGAUUUCUCUUAUUUUUUCCUUAGAAAACAUUUCUAUUUACAGUAAAUAAUUAAUAUGUAAAUACUGUAUAUAUAUUGAUUCUGGAGUGUUUGUUAUUCAAUGUAUAUAUACUUCCACAGCUUGCAUGAAUAUCCUGUAUCUAUUGGUAUUUUGUUGUAAAGUGAAUAGUUAGUAAAAUUGGAGGGUAUAUAUGACUGUCCAAUUGCAAAUACUGUGUUCACUGAAUAAAAUGCAUUCUUAAGACUGUC